UCUUUUGGCGGCUCACCGCUAACUUUUGCGAGUUGGAAUUUUUAUUUUGAAAAUAUGUGCCGCGGUAUAUAAGCCAGCAGCUGGCCAACAGCAGCAUCCAGUCAAAACUUUGGAAUCGUGGCGAUUCUACAAAUAAUUCUGCUUUAGUUAUAUAUAUUUUUAUUCAAAUUCAAAUUUGCUGAUAUUAUUUUGCAUUGGGGUUUGAAGUGAUCUAGUGCAAGUGCUGUGAAUCGUCAUCGUAGCUGUGCUUUGGCGGUAUUUUGUGAAUAAUUCUGCUGUUGACUGAAAAGGAACGCUGAAAAUGAAAAUAUUUAUCUGCUUCGCCGCUCUGCUUGUGGCCACUGCCUACGCAGGCGACACCGCCAAGAAGGCCACUGUCGAGGCCGCAGCUAGCUCUGCUUCAGGCAAGAAAGUGCCACUCGAGAAGAAGCUCGACAAGCGCGGUCUGCUUGACCUCGGCUACGGCUAUGGUCACUCCGGACUAGAUGUUGGCUACAUCGGACACGGUGGUGUUGACUACGGACAUGGUUAUGGCCUUGUGUCUGGUCACUCUGCACCAGCCGCCGUCUCUUAUGGACAAACCGGCUAUGCAUCCGCUGGAAUAGGGCACUCUCCAUUCCUCAUCAGCAAAACUGCCGAUGUACAUAAGACCAUCACCAUCACUAAGGGUGUACCGGUACCAGUGACAGUCGACCGUCCCUACCCAGUUGUGCAUCAAAAACAAGUGCCCGUCGAAGUGAGAGUACCUGUGCCACAGCCCUACGAAGUCAUACGCAAAGUACCAGUUUCGGUAAAGGAGUACGUCAAGGUGCCCAUUCAUGUGCCACAACCCUACACCGUCGAAAGGCGUGUCGAAGUUAAAGUACCCGUGCCCGUAGAUCGCCCCUACCCAGUGAAGGUGCCCGUGCCACAGCCCUACGAAGUGAUCAAACAUGUUCAAGUGCCCGUCAAAGUGCCCGUACCACAGCCCUACGAAGUGAUCAAGCAUGUCCAAGUGCCCUAUAAGGUUCAAGUGCCAGUGCCACAACCCUAUGAAGUCAUCAAACACGUGCAAGUGCCCGUACAUGUGCCAGUCGAUCGUCCCGUACCAGUCGCUGUACCCAAGCCCUACCCAGUGCCCGUUGAGAAACCCUACCCAGUUGUGGUGGAGAAACAAGUCAAGGUUGAGGUACCAGUACGCGUCGACAGACCCUAUCCCGUGCCUGUAGAUCGCCCCUACACUGUUAAGGUACCAGUCGAUGUACCCCAACCUUACACCGUUGAAAAGCAUGUACCUUACACAGUAGACCGUCCAGUGCCAGUGCCCGUGAAGGUGGCAAUCGACCGUCCGUACGCAGUGCAUGUGACACGCCCAGUACCAGUGGCUGUUCAGAAACCCGUUGCUGUACCCGUACCCGUGCCAGUCGUCGCCGGACACACGCUGGUCGAACAUGGACCCUCCAUUGCUAUCAGCGGCGGCGGAUAUGAUGGCGGUUACGGUGGACAUGGCUUCUCAUCCAGCGGCUACGGCUACUCGUCCCUUGGACACGGUCAUGGUUACGCACAUAAAAAGAAGUAAACCUGCCUGUGGAGCUGCAGCUUCUACGAUUACUGUGUAUAUGAUUUCAGCAUUGAAGGCGGAAUUAAUUGAAUGAAUUUUAGUGUUAAUUAUGAAAUUAUGAGGAGAAGGAAGUCUUUAGCAAUGCGACUUCGGAAAAUUUAGUAAGAAAGCAGAGAAACAUUACGAGCAAAACGAGUAGAAAAACGAAAACAAAGCAAACAAGUGCCGAAAAGAAUUAACUGUAUUUGAAGUAAUUGUAAUGGUAAAACAUCACAACAACAACUAGAAGAAGCAUAAAUACACAAAAGCGAAGACAUUGACGAAGUGGCAGUGAAACAAAAGAAAUGAAAAACUCGAGUUGAAACUAACUUAACUAGCG